AUGGCCAUUGAUGCAAAAGAUGAUGUGUUCCCAGUCUCAUAUGCAUUUGUUGAAUCAAAGAACGUAGGGAAUUGGAAAUGGUUCUGUGAUGAGUUGGCUCAAGUCUUGGAAUGCAUACUUAAAUUAACAUUUAUGUCAGAGAGAGAAGAAGGGAUUCUUGAUGUGGUUAGUGAUAUCUUUCCAUAUGCAUCUCAUCGUUACUCUCAAGAGAGUCUGGUUGGAGAAAUUUGCCUAAAGUUCAACUGUGGGGAUUUGAAUAAGCUUUUUAAGAGUGCAGUUUAUGUAGGGGGUCAUUCUGAAUUCGAUGCUUGCAUGUGUGAAAUUCAUGAUAAAUAUAAAAAAGCAUGGAAUAUUGUAAAUGAUAUUAAUCCUGAACACUGGGCCACUUCUCACUUUGAAGAGAAGCUUUAUUUUGAAGAGGGUUGUUAUUUUGACGUUGUAGGUGAAUGGUGGGAUAAGUUGGAGGGAUGGAGAAAGGUGCCUAUCAAUAGGGUGUUGGUAAACUUGCUCGAUUAUAUGAUAGAGAUUUUUAAUGAAAGGCUUAAUGAAAGUUCAAGCUGGGACACACAAUUCGUUCCUAGAGUUGAACAAAUUAUUUGUGUAGGAAAGAUAACGUCAGAAAAUUAUUGUGCAUCAGGUGGUGCAGCAGAGUUUGAAGUUCAUGAUGUGAACAAUGCAAAUGCAGAUCCAAAUAAGGUGGAUCUUAAAUGGCAAACAUGCUCUUGCCUUAUAUGGCAAAGGUGUGGGUACCCUUGUGAACAUGUCAUUGCAGCUAUUGAAUACAGUGGACGUAAUGUGUAUAACUACUUUGAUGUGUACUUCAUGGUUGCCAAAUACAGCGAGAUAUAUUCAGAGGUUAUUAAUCCUUUGCAUUUGGCUAAAAAAAGCCUAAGCAAAGGGAAUAAGAAAAAAUAUGUAGAGUCUGAGGAGGUGUCUCUGACUGAUUAG